AUGACCUGGGAGCUGCACCUGCUGCUUCUGCUGGGCCUGGGACUUAGCUCCCAGGAGGCCCUGCCACCACCCUGUGAGAGAUCUACUGCCAUGGGGAGCUCCUGCACCAAGUUCAGAUGGCCCAGCUCUACCAAGAUGACAAGCAGUUUGUGGAUAUGUCACUGGCCACAUCUCCAGACGAGGUCCUGCAGAAGUUCAGUGAGCUGGCUGUGGCCCACAACCACAGCAUCCCUAGGGAAGAGCUUCAGAACUUUGUCCAGAGUUACUUCCAGCCCGUGGGGCAGGAGCUGCAGCCCUGGACACCUGAGGACUGGAAGGACAGCCCCCAGUUCCUGCAGAAGAUCUCAGAUUCCAGGCUGCGUGUCUGGGCCGAGGAGCUACACAAGAUCUGGAAAAAGCUGGGAAAGAAGGGACUCAUACUGGGUGAUGGAAGGCCUGCUUCUCUCUGAGAUGGCCUCAACGGUGAAGGGUAUGCUGCAGAACUUUCUGGAUCUGGUGAAGACCUACGGACAUAUCCCCAACGGCGGACGCGUGUAUUACCUGCAACGCAGCCACCCCCCACUCCUGACUCUCAUGAUGGAGCGAUAUGUGGCCCACACCAAUGAUGUCGCCUUCCUUCGGGAGAACAUUGGGACUCUAGCCUUGGAACUGGAGUUCUGGACUGUGAACAGGACUGUCUCCGUGGGCUCAGGAGGGCAAAGCUAUAUCUUGAAUCGUUACUAUGUCCCUUAUGGGGGACCCAGGCCAGAGUCCUACAGCAAAGAUGAGGAAUUGGCAAAAACGGUGCCAGAAGGGGACCGAGAGACUCUGUGGGCUGAGCUCAAGGCUGGGGCUGAGUCUGGCUGGGACUUCUCUUCACGAUGGCUUGUUGGAGGCCCAGACCCUGAUUUGCUUAGCAGCAUUCGAACCAGCAAAAUGGUACCUGCUGACCUGAACGCGUUCCUGUGCCAAGCAGAGGAACUGAUGAGUAACUUCUACUCCAGACUCGGGAAUGACACUGAGGCCAAAAGGUACAGGAACCUGCGGGCUCAGCGCUUGGCCGCCAUGGAGGCCAUCCUGUGGGACGAGCAGAAGGGUGCCUGGUUCGACUAUGACUUGGAAAAAGGGAAGAAGAACCUGGAGUUUUAUCCCUCCAACCUCACCCCACUCUGGGCUGGCUGCUUCUCAGACCCUAGUGUGGCUGACAGGGCUCUGAAGUACUUGGAGGACAACAAGAUCUUGACCUACCAGUAUGGGAUCCCAACCUCUCUUCGUAACACAGGCCAGCAGUGGGACUUCCCCAAUGCCUGGGCCCCACUGCAGGACCUGGUCAUCAGAGGUUUGGCCAAGUCAGCUUCCCCCCGGACUCAGGAGGUGGCUUUCCAGCUGGCCCAGAAUUGGAUCAAAACCAACUUCAAAGUCUACUCCCAAAAGUCAGCCAUGUAUGAGAAGUAUGACAUCAGCAAUGGUGGACAUCCAGGUGGAGGAGGGGAGUAUGAAGUUCAGGAAGGAUUUGGCUGGACAAAUGGAUUGGCCCUGAUGCUUCUGGACCGCUAUGGUGACCAGCUGACUUCCGGGACCCAGUUAGCUUCCCUGGGACCCCAUUGCCUAGUGACUGCCCUUCUUCUCAGUCUUCUGCUGCAGUGACAAGGACAAGAAUGGACUCACUGCCUGUGCUUUCUCCCCUAGCCCCAGCUCAUGGUUCAUUAAACCCCCGCUUCCCCCUGCGCUCCCCCCUGCCCUCACACCGUCAUCCCCCUCCCCCCUGCUCACAGUGUACUGAGCCAAGAAGUGACCAAGAGGUCAAGACUGUAAUUUUCACUAGGGAAGAAACUGAAUCCCAUCGGGUACCACAUACAGCCGACUUCCACACUCUCACAUACAUAGUCAAAAUGCUUUUAUUGUUCUGCUGAAAUGCUUACAAAUACUGCAAAACACCCAGCCAGGCCCAGCAACCAAGGGCCCAGUGCUGGGGAGGGCAGGGAAGGUGGCUUAGUGUUAAGGCGCAAGGCUGAGGCCAGCCAGCUGGAGACUUGAUCCUCUGUCCUUCUUUCCCGUCACCUUUGGGAAACUGAAGGGAGGUUACCACAGCUCAGGGCCUCUGCUUCUGCCCGCCCUGCUCCCAACUCAGGCUUCUUUCCAGACACUCUGAGCUACCACCCUCGUUCCUUAUUGGGAACUAGUCCUGUCAGAAUGGGAGGGCAGACCUCUUAGCUUCCUCUCCCCUCAGUGAUGCUGCUCUCUGGUCUUGGAUCUCUGGACAUCAUCCCUUCUGGCUCUAAGCAAGGCACAGUAAAAGGGAGAGGGCUGGGCUGGGGGCUGGAGACACACUGCAGCCGGGAGGAACUCUAUCUCCUCCCACCAUGUGACAGGCCCCCAGGCCUGGGUUGGAGAGAUGGGUGGCAUGUACCCUCAUGUGGCCCACAGCCGAAGCAGUGGGCAGAGCCACAGAGUGGCCAUGGCAAUUAGUGUGUAACCAUGGUGAGGAAGCAGCCACCAUGGAGACAAGGAUGAUGGGCUUGUAACAUGAUUACGGGGCUGGACCUCGAGAAUGACACUUGAGGUCUCUGGUCCUUGAGCUAAGUAGUGAAAAGUGGGAGGUGGGAGGAGAAGGAGGCAGACCGGGGGCGGGAAGUGCAGGCCUGAGCCUCUCCCC